CAGCCGCAGACUGGUGGCAGACUUGGGUGUAUGCAUACGGUAUGCAACUGCGAGGAGACGCCUGUGUACUUUUGGGCCUCGACUCUGGCAGUCUGGACUCUGUUCAAUGUUGUCUUCCUGAUUCUGGCAGGCUGUCUCUUUCUUUGCCAACGAAAGAAGCUCUGACGUUUGAAGGAUCACGCAUUUGAGGGAGGAGCCAUGGCGAACGCUAUUGCUGCCACGUCUCUCUCCUCGGUCGCCAGCUUUGGGGCCGUGUCUGCCCGGUCAGGCACAUCCGCAAGGAGGAUUGCCGCUCUGCCCAUUGCUCAAAAGAGCCAGAAGGCCCUCAACUUCUCUGAGUUCAGUGGUCUGAAGAGCUCGAGCGCAGUGACCUUCAAUGGCAGCAGGCAGGCACAGGAUCUUGUGUCUGUUGUCUCCCGCCAGGUGGCUGUGAAGGCUGCUGCAACUGGGGCAAGGAAGGGUGCCACCACGGCUGAGGCCAAGCUCCGGGUUGCUAUCAACGGCUUCGGAAGGAUUGGGCGCAACUUCCUCCGGUGCUGGAACGGCAGAGAAAACUCUCCUUUGGAGGUUGUUGUUAUCAACGACACCGGCGGUGUCAAGCAGGCCUCCCACUUGCUGAAGUACGACUCCAUCCUCGGCACAUUUGAUGCUGAUGUCAAGGUCGUCGGUGAUGAUGCUAUCUCUGUGGAUGGGAAGGUCAUCAAGGUCGUCUCCAACAGGGACCCCACAAAGCUUCCCUGGGGGGAGAUGAACAUUGACCUGGUGAUUGAGGGCACCGGUGUGUUUGUCGAUGAGGCGGGUGCCGGCAAGCAUCUGGAGGCGGGCGCCAAGAAGGUGCUCAUCACUGCGCCCGGCAAGGGCAACAUCCCGACAUACGUGAUUGGAGUGAACGAGGAGAAGUACAAGCACGAGGAGAAGAUUAUCAGCAACGCCUCCUGCACCACCAACUGCCUGGCGCCAUUCGUCAAGGUCCUCGACCAGAAGUUUGGUGUUGUAAAGGGCUGUAUGACGACUACACAUUCUUAUACGGGCGAUCAGAGGCUGCUUGACGCCUCCCACCGUGAUCUGCGCCGCGCUCGCGCUGCUGCCUUGAGCAUUGUGCCCACUUCCACUGGUGCCGCCAAGGCUGUUGCUCUGGUGCUGCCCCAGCUCAAGGGCAAGCUCAACGGGAUUGCCCUCCGUGUCCCCACCCCCAAUGUCUCCGUCGUUGACCUGGUUAUCCAGACUGAGAAGAAGACCUUCGCUGAGGAGGUGAACAACGCUUUCCGGGAGGCUGCCAACAACGAGCUCAAGGGGAUCUUGGACGUCAACGACGAGCCCCUUGUGUCCAUCGACUUCAGGUGCUCCGACGUGUCCUCCACGGUGGACUCCUCCCUGACAAUGGUCCUGGGUGACGACAUGGUCAAGGUCGUGGCCUGGUAUGACAACGAGUGGGGUUACUCUCAACGUGUCGUUGACUUGGCUGAUCUGUGCGCCAAGAAGUGGGAGAAGUAAGCAUGAUCAAAUUGCACAAACUGCCCAGGCACCUUAGUCCUCUAGAGCACAGGUAAAUGUUGUAUUACUGGGAUGGUCCUAACAGGAAUGCGCGUUGGUAGGGUAUGUUUGUGGAGCGGAGACUUUCUAGAACGUGAACGCAACUGAUGAGCUGCCUGCCGUGCUUCUUGUUGCUUCACGGCUUGUUACGGCCCUAUAUUUUUGAUCGGCAAGCACAUCCAUGGAGCAAAUCCUGAACGGAGCUUACACUUUGCCACCUUCUUAUCGCCCAUCUGAUAUGCAAUCUGACCAAGUAUGCUUUCCCUUCAAUGUCUCUAAGAUGCCGCUUUUUAAGUGGAGUUUUGUAC